UAUGAGUGGGAUUUAUGAAUCGCUUAAGAAUGAUGGAGUACAAACAGGGACCUAUGAACCGCUUCAUAACAAUAAAAAGUCAGAGGGGAUUUAUGAGCCACUCCGGAGCAAUGAAAAAGAAUACGAUUAUGAACCUUUAUUACCUGAUGUAGAAAAGUCAAUUUCGAAGUUCUCCUUCGUUUAUAGCUCAAACUAUAUAGACUGCGUAGAAUUUGCAGAUACUUACGAACACUCUUUACCUUCAGUAGCUAGAGUUGAAACAGGAUAUUUGGGUCAGGAUCUUAUGCAUUCAUAUGCCAGGGAAGAUCAACUUCGAUUGGCAGGCAUAGUUAUUCAACAACGAGCUAUACUUAUAGGAAGAGACGAAGAUUCUGGCAUAAAUUUGGCCAUAAGUCUACCAAUUUUAUGCGAUCCACCAUAUAAAUUUAGGAUUCGCGACAGAAAAACCGCUACCCCAUACGGCAAUAAAUUCGUCCCAUUGGGUUCACUUUUAGAAACUUUAAAGACCAAACAAUUACAAAGAGCAACGUUUGAAUACGAAAAACCAAAAUUAACCUAUCAAGUCGGUGUAAAUAAAACAUCAACAGUAAAAAUAAGCCGAUUAAAUUUUUACCAAACGUACGAUUUAAGAUACAUUAUAGCUAAUAGCUUCGUUGCUAUAUUGCGUUUCACCGAUUUCCAUUUGUUGCAAGAGAAUCCUAAUGUAUAUGAAGAUUAUAAUCGAUUUCAUUUCGAAGGCUUUGAUUAUGCUACAGUCCCAAUGAUAGCUUCUAAUGGUGCAUCCAACAAUUCACAUUUUGCACCAAUUAAAAUUCCUCCUAUUAUUACUCUAAGAAAGGAAGUUGAACAAUAUCUUGUGGACAAGAAUGAUUUACCAAUUGAAGUUCCACCACCAAUUCCUCCUCGUCCUCAUAAAAGAAUAUCUAUACGUCAAUCACUUGACUACAAUGUCUGCCAUCACAGUUACAUUAAUGGUUGGGGGGACAUUCCUAGUGAUCGUUCAAGUUUAACUGUUAAUGAAGUGUCUACUUGUUUAUCUCUUUUAAAAUUGGAAAAAUAUAUAAAAAGAUUUCGAGAACUUUCGAUAGAUGGAAAGAUAUUGACUUCUAUUUCUUCUGUGGAAACUUUAAUGGAGGAGCUAGCGUAUGGUGUUGGAUAUCAUACAUCGUAUGGGACGAUAUUGGGUGUUCUCGUCAUUAUAGGGUUAUAUUACUGUCUAACCGGACAAGGGCAUCGAUUUGAUGUACAAUGGUUCCUUGAAUCUACAUCACCGUAUUUAUGGGCCUGCAUAGGAAUUGGUUUAGCGAUAUCACUCUCAGUAGUAGGGGCAGCAAGUGGCAUUUAUGCAACCGGAACAAGUAUAUUGGGAGGUGGUGUGAAAGCACCAAGAAUUAAAACGAAAAAUUUAGUUAGCAUUAUCUUUUGCGAAGCAGUUGCUAUUUACGGAAUUAUCAUGGCAAUUGUUAUAAGUAACAACGUAGAAAAUGUAAAUCCAGAAUUAUUUAAUAAUAAUCCUCAGCUAAAGGUAAAAAAUUAUUUUGCUGGCUAUGCUAUGUUCGGAGCUGGAUUAACUGUUGGAUUGUCAAAUUUAUUCUGCGGGAUAUGUGUGGGAAUAGUUGGCUCUGGAGCUGCACUGGCUGAUGCUCAGAACGGAGCACUCUUUGUCAAAAUUCUUAUUGUGGAAAUUUUUGGAUCGGCCAUUGGACUUUUCGGCGUUAUAGUUUCCAUUUUACAAGUAUCAAAAGCAAAAAUGGGAGAAAAACUUUGA